AUGAUUCCCGCCAAGCAGGUAUCGACGCCCUUCAAGUCCCCGCUGGCGCAGUCGCACAGCCACACCCCGCCAUCGCAGGACGACCUCGAGGAGACGAAGCGGCAGAUUGAGUCGUUGCAGACGAAACUUGGGGAUGCAGAUGUCGACGAGACGAUCAAGAGGCAUGUUGAGCUGCUCAACGAGUACAAUGCCGUAAAGGACGGCUGUACCAAGGUCUUUGAUCGCAUUGCCGAGAUCGAGGCUGUUCCCUCCUCGGUCGUCUGGAUGCGUUACGGCCUCGACAAGGACGACUAG